UUAACUACUUGCCACAUCACCAAUUUUGCUUAUGUGGCAUCUAUGUUACUACCUAUGUUACUCCCACUAUGACCAGCCUUAGAUCCAGCGAGCGUUUUGACGAGAGAUCCAUCGAGCGUCACUGCCCGUCGCCCUAGCUUCCACACAUCUCAUCUACGUAUGUAGUCCCAUCGCUCCAAUUGAUCCCCUCGUGAUGAGGAUCAUGGCGGCGUCAGCGCUGCUGCUGCUCUUGCUGGUGUCGGCGGCGGCGGCCACCAGCAACACAUCGGACAGCUGGGAGAGGAAGAGGAGCGAGGAGGAGACCCGGCAGAUCUUCACGGAAUGGAAGGCCAAGCACGGCAUGACCAACAGCUCCCUCGCCGAGGAGGAGCAGCGCGCGUACACCAGGUUCAAGCGCAGCCUCGGCCUCAUCGACCGGCGGUGGCAUGACGAAGGCUACUCCAUCUUCUCCUGGGAGAGGGGGAGGAGCGAGGAGGAAACGCGGAAGAUCUUCGCGGAGUGGAAGGUACGAGAAGGCAUUACCUACAGCUCCAUCGCCCGCGAGGAGCACCGCUACACCAUAUUUAAGGAGGCCCUCCGCGACAUCGACUGGCACAACGCUGGCUACGCCAUUCAGGUCUACAAUAACAACCGAUGCAUCGACCAGUUCAGCCAUCUCAUCCAAGAGGAGUACGAAGCCGUUUGCUGUGGGUAUUGGCCAGAGGAGCCGUCGUUGGCCGAAUUACAGAGAAUGGGCGAGAUCCGGGAGCGGUUGUGGCUAGCAUUUACUUAUCGGCUAACUUAAUUCUUGGUUUACAGAAAAUUUACUUGGUUUUUUUUAUUGAUCAUCAUGCAUCUCCAAUGGUUUCCAUACGAACAACAAGUAGAGGAUCUUUUUUUAUUUGAUGGAAGUAGAGGAUCUUUUUUAACACAAAAGUAGAUGGAUUUCUCAUAGAGAUUAAGUUGUUGGGAUCGUUGGCUCAUUGUAAAAUAGUACUAUUUUACUAGAGUCGA